AUGGUAUUGCAACUUCUCAUGACUAUGUGUACUUCUAGUUUCUUCAUUCACAAAAAGUGGUAUGAACAAUUAACAACAAAAGGCGGUCCAGAAAUAGAGCAUCAGAGAAUAAUUCAACCGUUUGAAUCUGCAGCGGAACUCAUUAGUAAUAUUUAUGAAUCUUUCAUCCGAGACAUUAAUUUACCUCAGGAUUUUCAUUUCUUGUAG